AUGGGGAUGCUGCUUAAACUGCUUUUGAAUUUGACCAUAUUGGUCGUUAUACAAUCAAGAAAGAUAGCAGCUCAGUCUCUGCCUAACUGCCCAGAUAAAUGUAAGAAUGUCACCAUUUCGUACCCUUUUGGGACGAGAGAAGGCUGCUACUUGAACGAAUUAUAUUUCGUUAACUGUACAAAUUUAAAAAUAUUUAACACCAAUAUCAAAGUGUUAGAGAUAUUACCUAAUGGAACUAUGCGUGGCUUAUUACCAAUAUCUCAUCGUUGUUACAACGAGCGUCGUACUGAAACUAGCUCAGAACCCAGAAUAAAGUUGUCAAGAUUCCCGGUGUCAAGCUUACAGAACGUGUUGACCACAGUUGGGUGCGAUGCUAGAGCCAACAUGAAAGUUGCUUCUGGUGAUGACUACAUCACCGGAUGUUUAUCAAAUACAGGCUGCAAUAUGGUAGCUAACGGUUCAUGUUUAGGCAUGGGUUGCAGCCAGGUUCCGGUUCCUUAUAAAGUGACAAGUUUUCGGAUCCAUACCCAGAGUAACACAAAUGUGACUGUGGGCAAGUGGAGUUUCAACAAUUGCACAUAUGGGUUUCUUGUUGAGAAAGAUCAUUACACGUUUCGUGCAACUGACCUUUUUAAUAUGCAAAAGAAGUCUUUCCCUGUGGUCUUAAAAUGGUCGGUUGGAGACACAAGUUGCGAAGCAGCUCAAACGAACCGUACAAGUUAUCUAUGCGCAGAUAAUAGUGAUUGUAUCGAUACUCUGACUGAGUUCGAUCAAAGCUACCAAGGGUAUCGUUGUAAAUGUGCUGACGGAUACUGGGGAAACCCAUAUCUUCCAAAUGGAUGUCAAGACAUUAACGAGUGUGAGGGAAAUCAUGAAUGCUUAUAUGACUGUACUAACACGAUUGGAAACUACACCUGUUCAUGCUUCUUGGGUCAGCGUGGUGACGGUAGAAAGAAUGGGGAACGUUGUAGUUAUUCAGGAGGAUCUAUCUUUGCCGGCGUUAGCAUGGGAAUUGCAGCAUCCUUUGUGUUAACACUUAUCUUAUACGGGGGACUCAAACAGAGGCAUAUCAUGAAGAGUAGGGAAAAGUUCUUCAAGAUGAACGGUGGUUUGAUACUACAGAAACUACUCUUUGAAUCUAAACAAUCCUCCCAAAUGGCCAAGAUUUUUACAGCAGGUGUUCUUGAAAAGGCAACCAAUAACUUCCAUAAAACAACAAUUAUCGGUCAAGGAGGCAAUGGUAUUGUUUAUAAAGGUACAUUAGCUGAUAAAACUAUGGUGGCCGUCAAGAAAUCUAAGUCGAUUGACCAUAACCAGAUUGAGCAAUUUAUAAAUGAGGUGAUCAUGUUAUCAGAAAUUAGCCACCCAAAUGUUGUCAAACUCUUGGGCUGUUGUCUUGAAACUCAAACUCCCCUUUUAGUUUAUGAGUUCAUAACCAACAAAACUGUCUUCCAACACCUACACGAAUAUGACUAUAUUUCUUCAUUGACAUUUGAAAGGCGCUUAAAGAUCGCCACAGAGACUGCAGAAGCCCUUUCUUAUAUACACUCAACCACACAAAUCAUUCAUAGAGAUAUUAAACCGUCAAACAUACUUUUGACCGAUGACUACACUGCUAAAGUGUCUGAUUUUGGGAUAUCAAGGUUCAUGCCUGUUGAUCAGACUCAUUUACAAACAUUGGUGCACGGAACACUCGGGUACAUAGAUCCUGAGUACUUCCGUUCAGGAAUUUUGACGGAGAAGAGUGAUGUGUAUAGUUUUGGCAUGCUUCUUGUGGAGCUCCUAACGGGCCGAAAGGUUUUUUCACAAGAUGGAACUGAAAGCGACUUGGGUUUGGCCACGUAUUUCGUUUCUUCACUAGUAAGGGGUUGCUUGAUUGAAAUACUUGAUCAUAGAGUCAAGAAGGAUGGGCUUCAUGAGCAUAUCAAGAAACUUGCUAGCCUUGCAAAACACUGUGUGGAGCUAGAAGGCAAGAAAAGGCCUAGCAUGAAAGAAGUGAAAGUGGAACUCGUGGAGCUAAGUCAAUCUUACAUGAAGACUAAUUCUAUCAUCUCCGAUAAGAUCACUUAUUUUGACUCUGAUCAGCUUAUAUUGUUUGACUGA